AUGGCGAGCAAUACGGUGACCAUAGGGAAGGCUUAUUUCAGGGCGUUGCUUCGCCGCGCCGAAUUUGAUAUCGACGAUGACCAGUUCAACACGCCUAGCAACGUUCUGCCGUCGACCGUACUUAUCACCAAGGCUGAGUAUGAUUACCUGACCCGCUCUGAAAGGGAAUACAACAUUCUUCGGACAGCCCUGCUCCGCGGUGGCCUCUCCCAUGAGACUUUGAACUGCCUCAUCUCUGGCGAGGGCAACGACCUAGAGAGCAACGCUGAGUCCGCCCACUAUGGCUGGGAGGGGACCUUCCAACGGCCCAAGCCGGUACCGGUCACUAUCUCCGAGCCGCACGAUUAUGUACCAACCUCGGAGACCUCAGAGAGCAUGCACAACGGCAACGGUUUUCUUUCGAAGCCUCAGGCCAGUUUCGCAAGGUCCAACAGCUUCGGGAUGGCGCCAUCCGCAGACGACAUGCCGCCGGAGCACCAUGUCGAUCUUGGUUCGCUGGACCCAGAAAGUUAUGCGAAGCAAGCACCGUUUCCACGCAAUGACCAGCGUACUAUCUUGUUCACGAAUCUCCAUGAGUCCACAGCACACAAGGAUCUUGUCGGCAUCGUACGUGGAGGGCGGUUGCUCGACAUCUUCCUUAGAGGUGAUCGAACAGCUAUCGUCUCAUUCGUGGAAGGUGCACAAGAGUUCCUGAAGCAUGCCAAGCGCAAUGACUUCUAUCUCCACGGCAAGCGGCUCGAAGUCCAGUGGAACGACCGCCAAUUCCACAUGCCUCCCCACGUCGCCAACAAAAUCUCUAUUGGCGCUACGCGCAACCUCGUAAUCCGCAAUGCACAAUCAAAAGGUCUUUCCGAGACCCGCAUCCGAGAAGACAUGGAGCAUGUCCACCACCUCGUCAUUGUCGAAGUGAAGUUUCGUGACGGCGAUGCCUACGUCUCCACAAACAGCGUACACAACUGUCUGUUUGCGCGCACCUGCAUGAUGAGCCGAAGGGACUACAAGGGACUGCGCAUUGAGUGGUACCCAGAUGAAUGUGCCGCUCCUUUACCGCAGAGCAUACCCCAGCCGCGAUCGCUUCCGCCGUGGAAGGUGCCAACAGCCAAUGUACCGCAGCAUUCUGGAAGACAAAUGCCCCAAGCUCAAAAACCAGCUGCUGCGCACACGGCAAACCGAUUCGGUGUGCUGAACAUGGAUGGCUCCGAAGAGUCUUCCGACUCUGAAUCUGGGGAUGACCAAGACGAGACAAUUAAUGGUGUCGAGUUGUCAAGCACUGGUAUGGAGUCUCCCUGGGCUACGCCACGUAUUGGGGCCUGA